AAUAUUGGUGGGAAAAGUUAUGCGUGGUUGAAUUUACACACCUGUGCAUGUAUGAAUCAUUAGCCUCGAGCAAACGUAACUUGCACGGUGAUAUAAAUAAAUAUUUAAAUGGAGAUUUGCACUUAUCUACUUCAAUUGCUGUUUGAAAACCUGUUUGUUUAAAUCACUGAUUUGGGAUAACUCGUCCAGGUUUAUUCACGUUUUAAAGGCUACUGAUAACAAUGGAAUGCUAUUUCAAGCUUGCUUUGUUACUAGGGUCUGUAUACAUGACAGGAUGUCAAGUGCAACAGAUGACCGAGCUUACUAUACAUAACCUUCUUACCCGUGUCCGAGACCUGGAGAUAGCCGUUAAACAGCUAGUUGAAAUUCAGAAUUCACAAGCUGGUAAUUCUUAUACGAAUACAAUAACCCCGACAACUGCCUUGCCGGAUGUUCCUUUGCCAUUAAAUAUGUUGGAAGGUUUCACACUCGGAAACUCUGGGGAUGAGAAGGGAUUUCAUGUUACAUUAGCUAAUGACGUCACAGUAGGUUACGGCAAUAAGAUAAAAUUCGACAGGAUUGUAGAAAAUAUGGGUGGAGCUUAUAAUACAGUCAACUCGGAGUUCACCUGCCCCACAUCUGGAACAUACCUUCUGUCAUUAAAUAUAGCCUGUGAGAGAGGUAGUUACGUGGAAACUUCCAUUGAAAUACGCAAUAGUAAGGGGCUCGAAAGACAUAUUCUCAACUCUGUAUGUGAUCACCGGAAGCGGACGUUAAAGCGGCGGAAGAGGUUUAUACUGCGGGCGAUCACAAAAUGGCGGUACAGCCAUUGUAUCUUUAAAGAAAGGAGAAAAAGUAUCUGUAAAAAAGUUGUGGCCAUAUGGCGGUUCAAGUACCAUUUCCGGAAAUGGUCUCACUACAUUUUCUGGAUAUUUACUUAA